GUAUAUUUGCAACACCCGCCCGCAACCUAGGAACAGAGUGGACGAGGACAAAGAUUAUGGCCAAAUAUCAGCUAGAAGCGGGAAUGAUCGCUCGUUUGGUCAGCAGAGGCCUGCGCACCACGCAGGUGGCGUGCCUUCUUUUCGGCAGUGCUUGUAUAUUAGACGUGUCAGUCACCCCACGCCAUGCUCAUGAGCAAUGACUUCCAUGCAGUAAACAUCGUUUUGUCAAGAUGUCGUCGUCCAAACUCACCAACUCGCGGUUGUCUACUUCAGGGCCACAGGGCUGUGCUCUGAUGGGCAAGGCUCUUUUGCAAACCCCAUACUUUAACAAAGGCAUGGCCUUCACCAAAGAGGAACGCGAUGUUUUCCAAUUGAACAGUUUACUCCCCGCAAGAGUCAACACACUUGAGGAGCAGACGAGGCGUGCUUAUGAGCAGUACCAGGCCCGUCGUACGCCAUUAGGGAAAAACACCUUUAUGACGAGUUUGAAAGACCAAAACGAGGUCUUAUACUAUCGGCUCAUCCAAGAGCAUCUCAAAGAGAUGUUUCCCAUCAUAUACACUCCCACUGAGGGUGAGGCUAUCACGAAGUAUAGUAGGCUCUUUCGUCGGCCGGAAGGCUGUUUCCUCAACAUUGCCGAUCAACAGGGUAUAGAUGCCGCGUUAGCUCGCUGGGGCCCGGCGGAGGACGUGGAUGUCGUUAUUUGUAGUGACGGCGAGCAAAUACUAGGUAUCGGAGAUCAAGGCGUCGGCGCUAUUCUCAUCAGUAUUGCAAAGUUAGUCAUAUAUACGUUAUGCGCGGGUAUCCAUCCGAAUCGUACUUUACCGGUGGUCCUCGACGUUGGAACCAAUAACCAAAGUCUCCUGGACGACGAGUUGUACCUGGGGCUACACAAAUGCCGAGUUCGAGGUCCCCAAUACGAUGCGUUUAUCGACCACUUUAUCCAUGUCUGCAGAAAACGAUUCCCGAAAGCUUAUAUCCACUUCGAGGAUUUCGGUGUGCAGAACGCAAGGCGCAUCCUCAAUCGAUAUACGGAGGAGAUUGCUUGCUUCAACGACGAUAUUCAAGGGACUGGAUGCGUCACUCUAGCGGCGCUCUACUCAGCGAUUCAUGUAGCAGAAUAUGAGUUGACAGACCUCCGAAUCAUUGUGUUCGGUGCAGGCUCUGCAGGCAUGGGAAUCGCGGACCAGAUUCGAGACGCAAUCGCCAUGGAGAGCGGAAAAGCGAAGCGUGAGGCUAACAACCAAAUCUGGUGCGUUGAUAAGUUUGGUCUAUUACUGUCCAGUCAUGGUGACAAACUCACACCUGCCCAACACGACUACGCAAAGUCAAGUGAUGACUGGCAGAACCCUCACACCUCUCUUUUGGAUGUUGUUAGGAAGGUCAAGCCCCAUGUCUUAAUUGGCACCAGCACACAGCCCAGGAGCUUUACCCAGGAGAUCGUCCAGGAAAUGGCCAAGCACGUCGAGCAUCCGAUCAUCUUCCCACUAUCCAACCCUACCCAAUUACAUGAAGCAACACCUCAAGACCUCAUUCACUGGACGAACGGUAGGGUUCUCACGGCAACAGGGAGCCCUUUUUCUCCGGUGGAAUUCCGUGGCAGUAAACGGGAGAUUUCCGAGUGCAACAACAGCGAGAUCUUCCCCGGCAUUGGACUCGGGGCGGUCCUUGCCCGUGCCAAGCUGAUCACUCCAAGCAUGCUUGUAUCGGCGGUCAAAGCAUUGGCAGCGCAAGCUCCUGCUUUGAAAGAUCCAACGGCUGGCCUGUUACCAGAUGUCACAAAUGUGCGCGAGAUUAGCGUGCAAGUGGCGGCAGCGGUGAUCAAGCAGGCAGUUCAUGAGAAUCUCCACCAGGAAAAGCAUAUUCCGAGAAAUGACGACGAGCUUGAAGCUUGGAUCAGGGAACAGAUGUGGCAUGCGGAGUACCGGCCGUUGAGGAAAAUUGAAAGAUCAGGCGCAAGCAGGGAGGCUCUGGGAGAAAUGGGCAGUAAAGGCACGGAAGUUGCAUAGAGCGGUUGGAAAUGCGUGCUUCAGCGACGUGGACUAAGUCUAUAUCCUACACGGCGUAGGGUCAAGCUACAGACCAUUAUAGUAGUAUAGUAAAUGAGUAUAGC